AUGUCUGGUGAUGAUCCGUUACACGUCAAAAGUUUACAGGUGAAAUAUGAGGAUGUAUUCCGUCUUGCGCAGCAUCGAUGUCCACGAAUAAUGCACGAGGAAUAUCGUUGUCCUGAAUGUGAAAAGGUGUUCAGUUGUCCAGCAAAUUUGGCCUCACAUCGCCGUUGGCAUAAACCAAAAGAUUUACUGGAAGUGUUCGAAUGUGCCAAGUGCUCGAUGAGUUUCGAAACAAAAAAAUCCUUACGAGUCCACAACGUGCAAUGUUCAUCCAGAACAUCCCCUGCGCAGUCGUUAUCUUCACUUUUACAGCUGAAUCUCGUNAUACAUCUCGAUCAACUCUUCUUCACAUGCAUUGCUCGAUAG